AUGGCGGACGACCCACCUCCGCUCAGCAAGAAGCUGCGUCGGAAGCAGGAGAAACGCAAUGGCUGGCUGGCUGGCUGCGUGCAAAGCUUCUCAAUUGACUGGUGGGAAUCCCAAGUUCUCACGGAAGCGUCGGAAAUAGUGUCAAAGCCAUCGGGGCGCACAUCUCGAGCUCUUCCCCUCCGUCCGCCCGUAUCCGUGCUCGUCCACCACGUGUACUAA